CACUUUUUCAUUUCGUAAAAAUCAGCAAUCGACGUGCUUAAUUAUUUGCAUUAUUUUUAAACAAACGCCCCGCAGAGCUUUCCGAAAGCUGCCACCGCAAAGUACGCGAAGAGCCAUCGCUGGCCCAUAUCGAACUGCCAAUUUCGGAGGGAUUUAACACGCUAACGCAUCGGGAAUCGGGGAACCCAAAGCCAAUUUCACAAGAGCUGCGAACUGAGGAAGCGGAGUGGUGACUUCAUUGCAAUUAAACAUGAAAUUUGCUGCAACGACGACCGGAGUACGACAUUUUUGUAUUAUCGCCAAGCAGCAGCAGCAGCAAAAUCAGCAGACUAUAUAUAAGAUACGCCCGCAACAAUCGCGAUCGGAGUUGAACAAUUGCAAACGGCAAAGACAGUCGUGUAGAAUUGCCAAAAAUUGGAAACACCAAAGCUUUUGCAUAGGUGCGUCCUGAUCGGAAACGUUUCGAAUUAAAAAAAUAAAAAAGAAAAGAAAAGAAACCAAGCCCAGCUUCGAAAAAAACUCAAGAACACAAUAUUUCUAACCUAAAGAAAAUCAAUAAAUCGGAGCAGAACACGUGCGUUUUAGUUGCCGCCAAAGCGACGGGAGUGUAGACAUUUUCGCCGUUGUGUAGACUUUGCCAUCUUGGGAAAGAAGGAAAGGACACUCGGCUACAAAACAUCUGUUCUUUUUUUCGUAUUCGUUCUUUGUGUUUGAAGCAGCAGGCUAAACAAUAGAAACCAAAACGUCGUCGUCGAGUUCAAACAAAAUACGUGAACAACGCAAAAACAACAGCAACAUGCCGAGACGCAACAAGAAAACAGCAGCAGGCAAAGGCCGCACCAAUGACUCAAAUUCUGAGGACGAGUCCUUCGACAAUGUGAGCGUUUACUCCCAUGUCUCGGAGGUCGCCUCUUCGGAGGCCACCGAUGAGUUGGCCAAUGAGCGCUUCGAGGAGAAGUUCGAGAAGGCCCUGGAACAGGCCACCGAGAAGUCGGCCCAGACCCGUGUGCAGGCCCUCCAAGCGAUUUGCGAGCUGCUCAUGCAUCGCUACAUGCCCGAUUUUGUGGAGGACCGCAAGAUGACACUGAUGGAUUUCGUGGAGAAGAGCAUCCGCCGCGGCAAGGGCCAGGAGCAGGUGUGGGGUGCUCGACUCGCCCCCCUCCUGGUGCUCCAAAUGGGCGGCGACGAGGGCAUCUCCAAGGCUAUGAAUCAGUUCCUAUUGAACACCGUGCAGGACAAGUCUGUGGGCUUUGAUGCUCGGGCCAAGUGCUGCACAGCAUUGGGACUUCUCAGUUUCCUGGGCUGCGAGGAUGUCGGCGAGUUGGUGCAACUGAUGCAGUACUUCGAGGCCAUCUUCGCCGGCAGCUAUUUGCGUGGCGAUGAUAAGACACCGGUUUCGGUCACCGCCGAGGCGGGCACUCUUCAUGCGGAGGCUUUGAACGCCUGGGGAUUGCUGCUCACACUGAUUCCCUCGGGAGAUUUUGUUUCCCUUAUGACCACCGGCCAGAACAUGUUUCCAUCUAUUAAGAAGUUCUUGGGCCUUUUGCAAUCCACACACUUGGAUGUCCGCAUGGCUGCUGGAGAGACUAUUGCUUUGAUUUUGGAGUCGGGCCGUGCCCACGAUGAUGAUUUCCUGGAGGAGCAUAUUCCCGAGUUGUCGGAGGCCGUCAAGCAGUUGGCCACAGAUUCGCACAAAUACCGGGCCAAGCGUGAUCGCAAGGCUCAGCGGGCUACCUUCAGGGAUGUGCUGCGCUAUCUAGAGGAGGACAUUUCGCCGGAAAUAAGCAUUCGUUUUGGUCACGAGUCCUUGACCCUAGAUGCCUGGUCCAUACACCAUCAGUAUUCGGCCCUGUGCACGGUCAUGGGUCCCGGGAUGACCUCGCAGCUGCAGGAGAACGAGUUCAUUCGCGAUAUUUUCCAGCUGGGAUCGCGUCCCACCAACACUGGCAUCAAUGGCAACGCCAAGGUGAAGCAGUCGAAGCUGGAGCGGCACCUGGUCAAUGCGGCUGCAUUCAAGGCACGCUCGAUAACCCGUGGAAAGAACCGUGACAAGCGAUCGGCCGUUGUCACUUAAAUGCAUACUCCUCUCCAUCAACUGAGCCCAUCCACUCACACACACUCGACCCCAAACACAACCAUCUCAAAACCCGAUAGCCAACUCUCUGGACACACUAGUUGAAUUGCUUCUGAUUUUAGCUUGAACCAGGCAAAGCGUCGCCAAAGCUGAAGAACUAAGUCUAAAUUUAGGAUAAUUCAUCAGGAUAAUAAAACAAAAUUGGUAUAGUUUAUUAUCAUCCACACGAUGGAGCCAUUGUUUAAAUAAUAUUAAAUAUUUAUCGGUUGCGCAGUAGUUGUGUUUGUCUAACUGUCUGUAAUGCAGGCUCCAUAUUUGGAUCUUAUAUUUUGUGAAGUUAAAAUUUACGCUGCGAUUGUUACGACUAGCUUGUACUUGUACGCUUUUCGAUUCGGGUAACCUCUUACGUUGUUGAUCUUUUUUUACAUUACAAAUAUACGAAAAAAAACAUUUCUGCUUUAAUGUUGCUAAAAUAGUUAAAUGCAAAAAUACAAAAGUUAGUCAUAGCAUGACAUGGCUUUUAUUACGCAUAUUGAGUAAGCUAUAUAAUGCAUAUAUUUUGUAGUAGAUACGUGUAAAAUAAAUUUUAGGCUUAAACAAAAACUAA